AUGAAUCUCCUCAUGUGUUGCGAUACAAGAGUGUUGCGACUCAAUAAACUCCAGGACGUGAUCCAUAAAUCCUUUAGAAAUACAUUCCCUGAGCUUGAUGUACACAAGGUCACGGAAGUUGAGCUCAAGCAUGGCGGGAUGAAAGAAAAGUGGCAUGAUUUCUGUGAGAGUUUCAAGGAGGUCGUGGAGGACUACUCACUGGGAACACUUAUGCGGAUAGAGGCUUGUAAGGGUUAUAGCGAGGAGAACACUGUCAUUAUCUACCUAGCUGUUGAGAUCGCACGAAAUGUGGAAGGAAUAAAUGAGAAAUUGAAAGCGGAGUAUUCGGAAGAUCAUAGGAAGAACGCUUCCACAACUACAUCAUCGCUGUUUGGAUCAAGUGCGACAGGCACGACCACGACAUCCGCAUCUUCAGUUUUUGGAGGUACCGCGACUGCACCAUCAAUGUUUGGUGGUGGCGGAUCCUUGUUCGGCUCCUCUACGAGUAAUACAACUGCAGCUCCAUCGCUGUUUGGAUCAACAACUACAACAUCAACUGCAGGCUCUUCAUUGUUCGGAGCAAAACCAACCGGCUCGUCAAUGUUUGGUACGGCCACCACCACAGCUCCAAGUAGUGGUCUUUUUGGCAGCACUUCGAAUGGUCCUACUACAAAUGCAUCACUUUUCAAUGCCACGACAAGUGCGCCGACGGCAGGUACAGGGCUCUUCGGAGCAUCGACCAAUGCGACAACAACUGGAUCAUCCAUGUUCAGUUCAACAACUGCGCCCUCUACAGGCCUCUUUGGUGCUCCAGCAGCAACAACUGCAUCAGCGGGACUUUUUGGAGCGUCUAAGCCUACAUUCGGAUCUACAACUGCUGCCAGUGCGACCUCUAUGUUUGGGUCGGCCACUAACGCUGCACCAUCGACGGGUUUAUUUGGAGCUCCAUCAACGACAACAGCUUCACUUCUAGGAGGAGCAACAACUACCUCUUCUACAGGACUGUUCGGAGCAGCACCUGCUGCAACAACGACAACGUCGAUGUUUGGAGCUCCAGCAACUACCACUUCGACGUCAAUGUUCGGAGCGUCCACAGCUGCAAAAACUACUACCGCUGGAUCUCUAUUUGGAGCUGCUGCAGCUCCAUCACUGUUUGGUGCACCAGCAACGACCGCCUCUACAGGAACAUCAUUUUUCGGUUCACAGCCAUCAGCAGUGACGUCCACACCAUCAUUUUUUGGCUCCACCACCACGACUACUUCGGCUGCCCCUUCACUAUUUGGAGGUCCGACCACUACGAGUGCAGCUUCAUCUCUUUUCGGCUCUGCAACAACGACUAGUGCCACCCCGUCGUUCGGUUUAUCUACAACGUCAGGUGCCCCAUCCCUCUUCGGUUCCUCUUCGUCAACAACGAGUAGUGCUGCCCCUCUCACAUUUGGUUCUUCGACCACGACUGCAGCUGCUCAGUCAACUCCUCUCUUCGGCGCGUCGACUACAGCUACAACUUCUGCUGCACCAUCGCUCUUCGGCACCACCCCGUCAACCACAAGCGGUGCUGCGCCUUCGGUAUUUGGUGCCCCCGCUUCGUCUACCGCUACGUCUACGCCUUCGCUUUUUGGCUCAACCGCGACCACGACAUCAGCUCCUGCCCCUCUUUUUGGAGCGACAACUACGUCUGCGCCACUGACAUUCGGUUCUGCCUCAACAACGACCACCAGCACCCAGCCGCCACCACUUUUUGGCGCUGCCACCACCACAACAGCACCAAGUGCGACUACAGCUUCUUCAACUGCUGCACCCUUAUUCGGUGCUGCUCCUACAGUGUCAUCGACAGCUCCAGGCCUCUUUGGAACGACAGCAACAACAUCCUCCACUGGUCUGCUGGGUUCGCUAACUCCGAAGACAUCUGCCUCUGGUGGUCUGUUCGGUACAGCAGCUAGUACCACCGCUGCUUCCACGACUCCUAGUGGUGGAUUACUAUUUGGUGCUAAACCUACUACGACGACGUCUACACCAUUGUUUGGUGCCAAAACAACGGCUGCACCCUCUUUAUUUGGAGCCACAACGUCGCUUGGCGGUUUUGGCGCAACUCCUGGUAUUGGUACUACCACUGCCGGUACCACAGCAGAGAAGGAGAACUUACGUGAUGGUAUUGUGCCAAAACCUAUCCGCGAGGUGGCGAUACAGCUGAGAGAAAAGUUGAAGGAGAACAGAAAGCUGGCAGAAGAGUUUACAGCAAAUUCCAGUGACAUGACAAUCAAAGUGAAGGAUCAGAUCAAGGAGGUCGAGCACAAAUUGUGCGAAGUGUACAGUAAGACAUCUGAGUGCGACAUGAAAUGUGCGCAGCUAAGUAGGCGCAUUACCAAGGAUUUGUACUUGGGUGAUAUCGCCCAACGUGUACAAGAAUCGGCCAGCAAAAAUGUGCACAUCAGUUCACAUACACAAAUUAUCGAAUACAUGGUCGAUAGUAUUCGAGAGUAUGAUGAAGCGGUUAAUUGCUAUCAGAGCGCUGUAACAGAUAUCAGUGCCAAGCUGAAUGACGCUAUGAAUGGAAAGGGUUCAAUGACGGUAGCAGACUUGAAAGAGCUGUUGACGCGUUUUGAUAUUGCUUUUUCACGAGUCGCAACCAGGUUAUUCGAAGCUUCACGAAAAGUGCAGGAUGCAAAAUCGGUCAUGACAGCCGACGGAUCUUUGUAUAUACAACGGGAAACAAUAGGUCGUAAAGCUGAUGGGUCGCUGUCCUUCAAUAAACUUCGUGGAAACGAUUUUGUUCCGUCUCAAUCAUCAAUUGCUGAGUUGGGAAAGCAGCUGAAGCCGGCCGCAGCAACCGCCGCUCCGGCUGGAACUGGAACUGGCCUGUUCGGGUCGACAACCGGUGGAUCACUGUUUGGAUCUAGCACGACGGCUGCGAAACCAUUCUCAUUUGCGAGCACGUCAACAGGAGGCACGUCGUUGUUCCCCUCACUUACCACAUCAAGUGCAGGACCACUGUUUUCGUCGUUAACAUCGACUUCAACUACCGCGCCCAAGCCAACCCUUAGCUUCGGUUCGACAAUCACGAAUAAUUCAAGCGGAUUACUGUUCAGCAGCAAGAAGUAG